UCAAUAUCAUACUCCGAAUGUAUUAGUGCGAAGCGAUGGGAAUCCUGCCGACAUGUCUUCUGAACGAACAGCUUUAGUGCUCUUAGCCCUGACUGGGUUAGUAGUGAUCAGUGAUGCUCUUAGGUGUAACUGCACUAACUGCGAGAAGACGGGCUAUGAGUGCGAAACGGACGGAGCAUGCAUGGUCUCCACUUCCCAUAUCCGUGGGCAGGAGCAGCACAUUCGCAUCUGCAUUUCCCGGGACAGCCUGGUGCCGCCUGGGCAGCCAUUCUACUGUCUAAGUGCCCAAGGGUUUCUCAACACCCACUGCUGCUACACAGACUACUGCAACAGCGUCGACCUCAAAGUCCCCGUCGGUAAGACCCUGAAUCCAGAAGACAGGUGGGGACCAGUGGAGCUGGUGGCGGUAAUUGCUGGACCCGUCUUCCUCUUCUGCCUACUGCUGAUUGUGGGCGUCUUCCUGUUCCAGCACCAUCAGCGCGCUUACGGCCAUCGACAGCAGCUGGAUGUGGAGGACCCUUCCUGCGACCACCUCUACCUCGCAAAGGACAAGACGCUACAAGAUCUGAUUUAUGACCUGUCCACCUCAGGAUCUGGCUCCGGUCUGCCCUUGUUUGUGCAGCGCACAGUGGCCAGGACCAUUGUGCUGCAGGAAAUCAUCGGGAAAGGGCGUUUCGGCGAGGUCUGGCGGGGGAGAUGGCGAGGAGGAGAUGUGGCAGUUAAGAUUUUCUCCUCCAGAGAGGAGCGCUCCUGGUUCCGUGAGGCGGAAAUCUAUCAGACCAUCAUGCUUCGCCAUGAGAACAUAUUGGGCUUCAUUGCAGCAGACAACAAAGAUAAUGGCACAUGGACCCAGCUUUGGCUGGUGUCAGACUAUCACGAGCAUGGCUCUCUGUUUGACUACUUGAACCACUACUCUGUCACAAUCGAGGGUAUGAUCAAGUUGGCACUGUCGGCGGCCAGCGGCCUGGCACAUCUGCACAUGGAAAUACUCGGCACACAGGGCAAACCUGGAAUUGCACAUCGUGAUCUGAAAUCUAAGAACAUUUUGGUGAAGAAGAACGGCACGUGUGCCAUCGCUGACCUGGGGUUGGCAGUGAGGCACGAGUCUCUCACUGACACCAUUGAUAUUGCUCCUAAUCAACGCGUGGGCACAAAGAGGUAUAUGGCCCCUGAAGUGCUGGAUGAGACCAUCAACAUGAAACAUUUUGACUCAUUUAAAUGUGCUGAUAUCUAUGCCCUGGGACUGGUGUACUGGGAGAUAGCACGCCGUUGCAGUGCUGGAGGUAUCCACGAAGAGUACCAGUUGCCCUACUAUGAUCUCGUGCCCUCUGACCCCUCCAUUGAGGAGAUGAGGAAGGUGGUGUGCGACCAAAGGCUACGGCCAAAUGUCCCCAACUGGUGGCAGAGCUAUGAGGCCCUGCGAGUGAUGGGGAAGAUCAUGCGGGAGUGCUGGUAUGCUAAUGGGGCCGCCAGACUCACAGCCCUGCGAAUUAAGAAGACUCUCUCUCAGCUCAGCAUACAGGAGGACGUGAAGAUCUGAGAGACACACAUACCCACACACAUACUGGCCAGGGCAGUGUUUCCGUGGAGACUCACAACACGAUAACGGAAAAAAAAAAAAAAAAAAGAGAGCGAGACUUGACAUGAAAGCGGUCCUGCCAGUUUUAAAGCCACACUCCAUGUUGUGACUAGGCCUACCUCACCUUUUUAGCCAAAACUACUGAGUCCAUCCUCUCCAAACCCUGUCUGUUCCCUCCUCCGUCUCUUAAUCUGAAGUCUCGCCAUGACGCUGGGCUGGCCAGCACUCUCCCCACCGUCUCAGCUAAUGGGCCAGCCUCCAGGAACCACGGCUAGCACCGUUC